AUUGAGAUUACUCUAAAUCGCUUCUUUUUGUUUCUAGUUUUGUUUUUUAGAGGAUCAAUACAUUCAUACGAAGCACUCUUUCUUGGUUUUAUGUCUCGUUCGAUGUCGGGUGCAAAAGACUGUAAACUUUAUUAUCUGCGUAUUAGUGCCCUAUUCAUGGUUAUGCCGUCUCUAAGAACGAAUGUCGAAAAAGACUCUUUUCCUUAUCAUCAUAAAAGAUAUUUCUGCUUCUCCAUAGCCAUUGUAUAUACGAUAAUAAAAUCUGUUUAA